ACAUGACACGUACCACGGGAACGUCAGGAGCCCUGCUGGUGCAUGAGCUCGAGGAAUCAUGGGAAUUCAAGCAGACCGACUUGAACAAUUGGAUGCCAGUGAAGACUGUACCGACGAAUGUACAUCUCGACCUGAUCGCGAAUGAUCNNAUCCCGGAUCCUUUCCUCGGCUUCAAUGAGCUCAAGUGUGAAUGGGUGGCCGACAAAAGUUGGACCUACAGGACAAAGCUUCCAGAUGUUGGUCCUUCAAGAGAUGGCCAGAUCCAUGAGCUCGUUUUUGAUGGCCUUGACACGUUCGCGUCGGUCAAGGUCAAUGGCGAGGUUGUUCUGGAAAGCGACAAUAUGUUCAUUCCCUAUAGGCUUGACGUCACAAAAAGCNUCAAGGACGGCAGUACCAACAUACUAGAGAUCGACUUUCGUUCGGCACUGUUGGAAGGUCGCAAGAUCAAGGACGCUCACCCCGAACACAAAUGGAUAUGGCCAGGCUUGCUACAAGAAAGGCUCAAUACCAUUGUCCGUCUGGAGACUUCGCACGCUCGAAUCUCGGACAUGCGAGUGGACUACGACCUCAAUAAAUCUCUGGACGACGUCGUAGUCAAUGUCUCUGUCUCCACCGAGCGCUCUUCCGAGGCCGAUGUCAGAAUUGCAAUUCGGUCUGGCAAGGAUAUUGUCUUUGAGAAGACUGUAUCUGUUGACAGAAAAGGGAUUGCCAAGGCAGACUUUCACAUCGCUCAACCCAAGCUAUGGUACCCUCAUGGCUAUGGCGAACAGUCAUUGUAUACCUGCGAGGCUGUGUUGGUCUUGAACGGGCAUAAUGUGCACUCUUGCAGCAGAAGGACUGGAAUCCGUCGCGGCGAGUUGAUACAGGAGCCAGAUGAGAUUGGCAAAACAUUCUUCUUCAGGAUCAAUGGCAUUGAUGUGUUCUGUGGCGGCUCUUGCUGGAUACCCGCUGACAGUUUCACGCCUCGAAUCACGAAAGAAAAGUAUCGAUCAUGGCUGCAAACGCUUGUCGAUGGAUACCAAGUCAUGAUCAGAAUCUGGGGAGGAGGUAUCUGGGAAGAGGAUGUCUUCUAUGACACCUGCGAUGAGCUCGGUAUCCUCGUCUGGCAAGACUUCAUGUUCGGUUGUGGCAACUACCCUGCUGCCAUCAAAGAGUUCAGAGACUCCGUCGAGGCCGAGUGUGUUGCGCAAGUCAAGCGCAUCCAUCACCAUCCAUCCAUCGUCAUUUAUGCUGGCAACAAUGAAGACUACCAGGUGCAGGAGCAAUGCGGCCUAAUAUACGACUACGCCGACAAAGACCCCGAGAAUUGGUUGAAGACUGACUUCCCUGCAAGUUGCNUUCCGGAAGUCAUUGCCUCGCACUCGCCUCAUGUACCGUAUCACCCAGGAUCGCCAUGGGGAGACGGCCUCAUCUCAUCUGAUCAAACCGUCGGCGACAUGCAUCAAUGGAAUGUAUGGCAUGGCACUCAAGAAAAAUACCAGAUCUUUGAUACUCUCGGUGGCCGUUUCAACAGCGAAUUUGGCAUGGAAGCAUUUCCCCAUAUCGACACCAUCAAAUACUAUGUCACCGAUCCAGCCGAGCUCUAUCCUCAAUCACACAUGAUUGACUUCCACAACAAGGCUGACGGACAUGAAAGAAGAAUUGCAACCUAUCUGAUCGAGAACUUCCGAACGACGGACACCAGUCUCGAAGCAUACAUUCAUCUUACGCAACUCAGCCAGUCAGAUGCGCUGAUGUAUGGUUACCGUGGUUGGCGGCAGCAAUGGGGCCAAAAGCGACAUUGCGGUGGAGCGCUCGUAUGGCAGCUCAAUGACUGUUGGCCCGUCACGUCAUGGGCAAUCAUCGACUAUUUCCAGCGCAAGAAGCCAGCUUACUAUGCUAUGCGAAGGGUUCUGGCUCCUAUCGCUGUUGCGGUCAAGCGUGCACAUCAUGAUUGGAGUGUCGUACAUGCCCGACCCGCCAAAACAAGCUCAUAUGAGUGUUGGGUAUCGAGCAACAGCACCAAAGAAGUAACAGCAACCAAGGUGGAGCUCAAGUUUAUCUCCAUUGCUACUGGUAAGGAGAUCAAAGCAGCUUUGGUCAAAAAGAAUGUGAAGAUCACGGCAAAUGGCACGACGAACAUCUUCGAUGGCGAGAUAAACAAUGAGAAAGAAGAACCGCACGUCCUGGCGGCGAGGAUCUGGAUAGAUGGACAGGAAGAUGUUGUGUCGCGAGACGUUGACUGGCCCCAACCACUCAAGUAUCUGAACAUGGAAGAAAGAGGUGUCAAGGUGGUCUUCGAUAAGGGUAAGAUCACAGUGACAUCAGAGAAGCCAACCAAAGGCUUGGUCUUUGAGGAACGAGAAGGAGUUCUUGUGAAUGACAGUGCCGUGGAUAUUGUGCCUGGAGAUGAUCAGGUCAUCACAGUCAAGGGAUUGAAGCCCGGUGAUCCGCCAUUGAAUUGGCGAUACUACGGACAG